AUUCUUUAUCUAGUAAAAUCUAGUAGUAGUAACUAGUAGUACUAAGUAGUAGUAGUUUGAUAAGUUUGUUACUUUGUAGUUACUCUACUCUGACUCUACUGUGUGACUCUAGUUACUAGUUACUCUAGUAAACUCUAGUUUGAGUAAACUGUAAAUAAAGAGUAGAGUCAGUUGAGAAGUUCAACUUACUUCAACUUUAGAUCUAGGAGUAGGUAAGUCAAGUCAAGACCAAUUGUUUCCAAAUCCAAUCAAUGAGAUUGUUUGAUAUAUUUCUAUCAGUUAUCACGUUUAUUUUGGCUGGCUUGGCCACAUUCGUAGAAUGCCAGUAGGUCGACUUCCACUAGACAUUCUGUAUGGUGAUCUAAUAGAAGGCAGGAGAGCCGCUGGUCACCCACUUUUUGUCUUUUAUGGUAUACAGAUGUAUGCAAACAUGAAUUGAAGCUCUUCAAAAUCGACACUAGCAGCAGGAAAAAAGUGGCACUGGAUAGAUCCACAUGGAGAGAGAGCAUAAAGAAAGGGUCUCGGAUUGCAGAUAAUGCCAUACACAACAGAAGCAGAAAGAAUGGUGAAAAUGCAACAGCGCCUAGUGAUUACAUAUGAGUGUUUCUCCAGUAAUGGUAUCAAAAAGUGUCACAUUAGGUCAAAAAUUAAAAUGGAAGUUUUUGGUUUCAUUUUAAGUGUAUUCAUUUCUUCACCCAUUGUACUUUAAGAAUUUAUCAACAGAAAUUUAUCAAUAGAAAAUGAAUUGGAAUACAUAUAUUUCCUCAGCAGUGCUGGCAAAAGGGGUACCCACAUUUGCAUUUCAGGUGCAUCACCGGGACACCAUUGAUGAUUAAAGUACAACUAACUGUUAAUUUGUUUGCUUUCUUAGCAUAAUUUGAAUGUUUCUAUUGUAUUAAGCAGCUAGAUAGAGAAAUUGAAGUUUUUGAGCACUUACAUAAUGUUUGCGCUCAAUUUAAAAAAUGGGACACUGUAGCACCUGUUAAAAGUUUUUUUAAAUAAAAUUUUUUAUAAGAAAAUAGAAUUUAUGCUAUACUUGCCUUAUAGCUAAAUAUAUAGGCUAUUAUUUGCUGCAAUAUCUCAACAAUAAUUCAAGCAUUUAUUAUAACAUGACUAUUACAUCACAAGAUGUUGCGGGUGCUACAACGGGACACCAAUAUGAAAUAUAUAGUUUUUUUUGUUAAUACAUGCUGAAAUACAAUUUUUUUUAAGUCUGUAAAUACAUUACCAAUUAUUCUUUUAUCAAUGAUUCACAAAAUAGUUUUCUAUAACCACAAAUGAAUGUACUAGACCUUUGUGUGUGUGUGUUCAAUAAUCAUUUAAAAAUAUAUUAGACAUAACUGCCUCAAACAUGACCUAAUCAUAGACUAAAGCAGCUUUAUGACUUUCAAUGCACCAAGAACAAGAUCCAAAACUAGAUUUACAUAUAAAUUGAAAUAUAGAGUAGAUUUAAAUCUACACAAGACCUUUAUCUAGAUCAGUGAUUCCCAAAGUGGUCUAUAUAGACCCCCAGGGGUCUACGAAGACUUCCAAGGGGUCUACGAAAGUGAAAAAAUAAAUUGGGGGUCUAUGAGAUGUCCACGGGGGUCUACGAUAAUAGAUUUCAUUUAAGCAGGUCGUGACUUUAAUUUUCACAUCCCAUUCAUGUAACUCUUCCUAAUAAUUUAUAAUUUAGACCUGAGUUGAUCCUUUCAAUAUUUAUCCUUCUAUUUAAACGAAAAAAUUGUCAUAUUUAAUUUCAAGAAUUAUUUAAAUAACUUAAUGUUUUCUACAUGUUUAUGUUUAGCAAAAAUAAAUGUAAGCUGUAUAGCGUUGAUUAUUUAAAAUUGUUCAUUCCUUCCUUAUCAAACAUGCCAAUUGCCUUUUUCAACUCACUACAGACAGAAAUUAGUUUUAAGAAAAUGUUGAUGAAUUUGAAAAAAAUUUGCAAGUUAAACAGGGGGUCUACCAAAAACCAGAAAACAUGGCAAAGGGUCUACGAGACAAAAAAGUUUGGGAACCACUGAUCUAGAUCAAGACUUGUUUAGUGUCCCGUGAAGCACAAAAGACAAUGAUAAAACAAUAAGGUUUACAUUAACUUAGAUGAAAAAAUAGUAUUCUAUGUAUUUUAGAUCAAACUUGAGAAUAAUAAGCUUAAUUCUUAUUACAAUUCAAAACUUUGGUGAGAAAACUACUUAUAUCUAGAUCUCUGAGAUUUUCUGGUAUCAUUCAACAUGAUGCGUUUCAGGUGCUACAAUGAAAAAAUGUGGGACACCAUGACUAUUAAUGUCUCCUGUUAAUUACUAUGUAGCCUUUUCCCAAGAAAAUGGAGCUUAUUGUGUACUGAGCAGUAUCAGAGAUACCAUUAAGUAAUUCCCAUCUCAUUAAUAACUUUGUUUAAAAAAAUAUUGUUCUUUUUGUUAGCAUUUGAGGUGCUUCACCUGGGACACCAAGGGCUAUUUUACUAAAAUUAUAUAAAUUUUUACAGUUUUAAAGAAAAAUUACACUGUGUAAAUUAAUCAUAGAUGCUUUUAGUAACAGAGACACAAUUGGGAGCAGAAUCCUUUACUUUGUUUACAAUUGAUAAAGGUUUAAAAUUUCAAGUUAAGUGGGACACCAUGUGAUGCACCUGUGACACAUUUUUUACGGCGACAUCUAAGUAAUACCAAAGUAACUAUAAAAUAAAAAGAUAUAGAUAAUGCAAUAACAUUAUAGUGUUAACCUAUUUCAACAAAAAUGUCUGUUCAAUAAUCUUUGCUUUUAGUAGAAUAUUACUUCAACCUAAGCCUGGUAUUCCAUGUUACAUCAAAAGUUGCCAUUUUGUGCACUAUUUCACACAUUUUCUACAAUUUUAAAAUUCCACAAUGCACCUUUCAAGCUCAAAAUAUCACAAUUUAUAGAUAAACCAUUUCUGAGUGAAAUGAAAAGAAAAUUGUGACAUUUUAAUAAGAAGUUUUUGAGUUAUAGACUUUUUAGUGAACCAAUACCUAUUUGUCACCAGUACUGGAGAAACACUCAUAUAUGCCCAACCUGUGUAUCAAAGAUUGGCCUCUUUAGUCACACAAGAAGUUGCAAAGAGAAAAGAUCGUCUCUUGAGACAUAAAAUGCCACAAAUAGAGAUAGUUUAUAAUAUAAUUUGUUAUAUUUUAAGACUAAUUAAGAUUUAGUCUAGACUACUACUACUACUAACUACUAGAUAUCUAUCUGAAUAUGUAUGUCUGUAACUCUAUAUACUAUACUAUAUUGUCUAUAUUAGAGCCCUAUACUAUGAUACUAUAAUAGUAUAAUCAGAUGCAAAUAGCUCAGUAGUGUCAGUACUUUUGAACAACCAAAUUCAAAAUCAAAUUGGUGAAAGUUUUAGGACAUCCAUGUAUAUGAGUGCGGUAAGGAUCAUGAUGCAUUCUCUCUCCAGCUCUUUUUAACAUAUUUCUGGAGCUUAUUAUGAUGGAAACUCUAGAACUAAAAAGCAGGGCCGCUGCUUCCUAUUGUGCAAUAUGUCCAUUGCAUGCAGGUGGCCAAAAUUUGGGAGAAACCAAAACAUAUAAAAAAUAAUUUGAUAAUAAAAAAAAAUAUAUAUGAUCGUGGUUAAUGGUCUCUGUACUAAACUAAAGAAUUUUUAAUUAAAUUAAAUUUAUUAGUUCUGUUAGCUCCAGUACUAUAUUAUUUAUAUAUAAAAUCAAAUUAUUACCAUUACUAAAUUAUUACAGCAGCAAUGAAAAAAAAACAGAAAAUAAUUUUGUUGCUAAAAAGCAAACUAUAGUGCUCUGUCCAACAGUUGAGUGUAUCAGCUUUUUUCAUUAACAUGACAAGACUUUUGGCCAACUGUUUAAAGUUACUUAAGGCUAACGUCUCAAGGAAGACUAUUAGCGCUAGCAUUAAAAUUAAGCAUUAAAUUCAAUGGUUAGCUAUAAGUAUUCAAAUGUUUACAAAUGCAGCUGUAUUCACCUUCAUCUAUCCCUUAGUCUGUUGAACCAUUGGGGCACCACACAAGAUCUGUUGACUGUCCUUCUCCAUUUCUCUGUCUUUUGCCUUAGACAGAAUCUCCCUCAAUGGCAGGUCUGUCCAUUCCUUUAUGGUGUCUUUCUAUCACUUUCUCUGUCUGCCUCUUUUUCUGGGUACUUUUCCCUGAAGGAAUGUCUUUGCAAGCCCUGAGGACCGUCUAAUAUGGCCAUAUAAUUUUAGUUUGCAUUUUUUGACAGUAGUUAGCAGGUGGAAAAGUACAACAUAAGUAAAAACAUAAUAAAAGUAAUCCAGAACCUCUACAAGCAAGCCUCUAGUGCAGUGUACUUCAACACUAACAUUAGGGACUAGUUUGAAACCACAGUUGGAGUGAUACAUGCUGCCUACUUUCACCAACUCUUUUCUAUAUCUUCCUGGAAAGGAUAAUGGAGGGCUGUGAAGGUACUGUAAGCAUUGGAUGAUAUGUAUGGUCUAGCACGGACAGAUGAAAAUCUAGCUGAUCUGGUGAUGCACAUAGAUCUUCCCAGCAUAUAGAGACACUGUAUCAGUGGAGUGAUGACACUGUCACUGACUCAACAUCAAGUCAGCUGAUCAGAUCAGACGAUGGAUAUUAUGCAGACUUGAAUUGUGAGAAGUUCUGGAUCUAGAACUAGAUUAGAUCAGUUCAAAGAUCCAUCAGCCUCAACAUCCUAGAUCUAUUUAGAAGAUGUCUACUACUGAUUCUACACCCUAAUAGAUCUAAAUCUAGUCUAAGUUUCAAGUCAAAUCAUUGUUAAAUUUCAAACUUAGUCAUCUAAAUUUCUACCAUGAUUAGGUCUAGACCAACAUAUGCUAAUGGGGAUUCACCAGAAAAUAACAUUAUACAUUUCCAGCAGCCUAAUGUACUAAAUGAAGAAAUUGAAGUUAGUUUUGAAAUGAAAGGUUUUGGAGACAUUACAACCUCUCAACCAACCAGUCAUGUAUUCCCAACUGAUCAAGCUGAUGCUUCUUCCUGUGCACCCAAAAAUAGGAUAUUUUCUGAUCAAGCUGAUUUGGGUCUUGCCAGAGGCUCACUGGACCAGCAAAAAAGAAAAAUGCACCUAUUUGAGAAAAAUGUGCCUAAUCCUAAAGUGCAUGAGUCAAAGGCAAAGUUCUGCUAUUAUGACUUGGUAUUUGGAGUAUCUGCCAUAGUUAUAUUUCUCUUUGAUAUUGUCACAGAUGUCAUGAUGGUAGUACACUACUUCAGGGAAAAACAAUAUGAGUAUGGGGGUGUGACAGCUGCACUAGUUGCUGUAUCAUCAAUGAUCACUUGUUUGUUAGGUCUUCAUUGGUAUCUCAUUGAUUAUCACAAAGAAAAGAAGAGAACUACUGCAGAACAUUUGACAUUGACUCCAAAAUAUGUUUGGGGAUUACGUAUUUUGUGUACUCUGUUUAUGCUUGGACCUGUCGUAAGGAUUAUAGAGUAUCUUUAUUAUGGCCUCAAAAGUCGAAACAUAAAAUGUCAUCAAGAAGAAAGAGAAAAAUAUAAGCAAGCCAUGUUGUAUAAAGAUCUCAAUAGCUGUCUCCUUCGUCUGUUUGAAAGUUUUUUGGAGUCAGCCCCACAACUGGCCUGGCAGAUUUACAUAUCAAUCAAGCUCAAACGUGCCAGUGAUACUAUUUCCAUUUCACUACUGGUAGGAACACUCUUGUCAUCUUGGAUGAGUCUGGCUAUGUCCUUGUUGUCUUACCAUAAAUCACUGCGUAACUCCAAUGACCUAAAAGCAAAAAUGAGUUUUAAGAGCCUGCCAUUUUACUUUAUCUGGAGAUUGAGUGAGGUCGGAGGUAGGAUAUUGUGCAUCGCCUUCUUUGCCUCAGCAUUUGAUCUGUGGGUGUUUGGGAUCUUAACCCUUCACUGGAUCAUAGUCUCAGUCUGGCUUAUUAUGCAGAACACCUCCUUUUACAAAAAAAACUUGCAGGAAAAAUUGUUUAACUUAAUUUGUAGCUUCGUGAUGAUAUUUUGCUUUUUAAAUAUGCGUGAAGGACAUACACGAUACAGAGUUAUUAUAUUUUAUCUCCUGGUCUAUAUUGAAAAUGCUUUCAUGUUGGCAUUCUGGUUUAGAUUUACCAAAGACUUGGGAGCCUGGUUCCAUCUAUGGGGGUUCAUAGUUGUGCUUGUUCUCUUUGCACUGCAUGUUAGCUUCCAAGUGGUGUACUACACUUUGUUCCACCCAACACAGAAUAUCCCGCUGUGCUUGUCCUGUGACAGGCACACCAUCUACAGCUCCAUGUGUGAUGAUGUUACACAUUCCAGGAGAGAGGAGUCACCAGCUGAAAAUGUAAAUGCACCAAACACUAACCAACCUUUGGAAAGCUGCACUCCUAUGUUGUCUGGAAGUCUUUCACUGUAGUCUAAUUUUUUUUUUUUUGUUCAAUGUUACUGUAAAGAAUCUCAAAAUACCUCCGUGAUAUUUAUUUAUGCCUUCAUGUUAUAGCACUACUGUUCCCUGUUUUUAGGGGAUAACUGGGAAAAAGAAAGUCAAACAUUCACUAUUAUGAAAUAGAUGACAAAUGUCUCAUUAUUUUGUUCUUAAAGUUGUUUGGCAUGCAUGAACAGAGCAACAUUAUUGGUAAGUUUUUAUUAUGUAUUCAGUAUCCCUGACAGCCCAACCAGAAUAGACCUAAGUUUUGUGGAUAUGAUUGUUAGUAUAUAUAUAUACAUGUUAUUUAAUAAUGACUCUGUUACAUGAAUUUUUAGUGAAUCUCUCAAACGGAAUCUUUUUUUAAAACUGUAUUUUGCUGUUAGUCAUCAAUCAUUCAAUAUGGCAUGGGAACAUGGACACAAUUUCUACUAGAAGCAAUGGCAUCAUAGUUAUUUAUGAAUUAUUUUCAAAGACUUUGUCUAAUAAUUAUUAUUGAAUGCAUGUUUUGUUUUCCUUCAGUCAAUGUUGACAAUCUAAAUUUCAAUCUCAAUCACAGAGUAUGUCCUAUCUUAUCUUAUUUGUACAUUUCAUUGUAACAUUUGUAACCAAAUUAAUCUUCCAUAUGACUAUUUGUUUUAACCAGUUGAACAUUUUGUUACUACCAAUGUACCAUGGGAUGUCUUCUCUCUACUCCCCAUCCCCUGUCUCUGCUGAUCCAAAGGCUACUGGAACUAUAUUACUCUAGUUUUAUAGCUGUAUUGGAAAGUCAUCUGAACCAUUAUUGGGAUAAUACUCAAAAUAUUCAGUCAAUAUUGUUUUAUUUUUAUUUUUUUAUUCUGAUAUGAUGUUUAUGAUGUAUUGUUGGCAUAAAAUGUUAAUUCAUUAUUUUGCAUUUGGGUUUUUGUUUAUCCAGAUAUUUAGAAUGUUCAUAGCAGGUACAGUCUAUGUCCUUUGUAUAUAAUGCAAUCAAAAAAAUAUUUGGCUGGUUCAUAAGCUCUUUGAGUUUUCCUUACCUAUGAAAUAUCCAUCUUUUAAAAAAAAAAUUUUUGCUGCCGCCUUAUGUAUUUUUACUUCUGUAAAUUAAAAAAAGGGAUUCACUUAGAAAUACAAAACUUCUCUAGCUAGAUCAAUGACUUAACAUGAAUAACUUGAUAAUCACAUUAUAAAGUGUAAAGCAUAAUAAUCCUCUUUUUUUGAAGGAAUGGAUGUGAUUUUUAAGAUAAUGUAUUGGUUGAUAACUUAAGCAUGGUGUCUUUUUGAGAACUGUAUCAGGAGUGUAUUUUUUUUUAUAAUGCCAAAGUGGCAUCAUCAAAAAGUCUCUUUUUAUGAUAUAUUUGUUUUUGUUUUUUUUUUGUAUUUUAUAAAAUCAUUGUGGAUAUGAAAAUCAAAAACUUUGUACAAGAUGUUAUAAACUAUUUGUAAAAAUGUAAUUAUAUCUAGAAGAUAAGUUACAUGGCAAUUAAAAAAGAAAAGAAAGUAUUUCUUAUAUUUUAUUGUGUCUGUACUUUUACCCAAUGGUAUAUAGCUCAUAACCCUUUUUUAGCUGUUUGCCCUUGGAUCUGCCAUUGGUCAGGAAUGAAGCAGAGGCUGUCUGAAGGUUAGGCUAUGAAAAGACCAUUUUGGGUUGGGUUCACACCAGUUUAGGGGCACAGUGGCCAAGUGGUAAAGUGCUUGGCUUCAAAACUACCCAGGGGGUAGUAAAUUCAAAUCAUGGAUUUGGACCCUUGUGGAUUUUAGGAUGUCUCUGAGUCCAUAUUAAUCUAAUGGGUACCUGACAUUACCUAGAGAAAUAAUGACAGUUGGCCACCAUCAUGAUAUCAUCAAUUUCCAUCAAUAAUUCAGGUAGGGCAUGGGAACAUAGACUUAGUUUCUACUAUAGUAAAUGUUUCCUUUUCAGAUUUUGUGAUCUAUAGAGCAGAUAAUAUAAAGGUCAUCUGUUUCUGUGGUCCAUAGUUAACAAUGACUAACUGCUUUUAGUUUCCCCCCAACUAAUGUCAGGUAGCCAUUAGAGCUGGCAUCCUAGAAGAUCCCAGGAUUUGAACCCAGGACCCCUAGGUUCAGAAGCCAAGUGCUUAACCACUCAACCACCACACUCCUAAUUUCUACAAUAAGCAAUGACAUAAAAGUGUUGUUUUAUUAAUAGAUCAACUCUAUUUAUUAUCAGCCAUGGGAACAGAUUAGCUUUACAUAAUUAGCCUCUUUGACAUCAAAUUAGAAAAAGAUUUUUUGCUUACCUUUUUUUUUCACACCUUUUUAUCAAGGUGUCUUCCCUUAGUCGUUCAAGUGGUCACAUGUAGCUAUCAUGCCAUGGUCAUGUUUAGUAAAUAGCUUUUAGUAGUAAAGUUGUUACAAAGAUAGUCAAGUUAUGUAUGCAUUGAAGCAAAUUAAUGUAUUGUGUAUUAAUAUUACAUACAUCAUGUCUACUAGAUGAUCUGCAUGGUUCCCAUAGCAAUAAUAAAAGUGACAUACUUUAA